AUGCUGUCUGUCCUCUCGCUAUUGUUCAUGGCCGGGAUGCUGCACAGAGGGACAGCCUUCGGCCUUCCUCGAUUUGCUCAGCGAAGUUCAGCAACCCUUGCCUCCUGGGUGAAGGUGUCGGCAGCAGCAGAAACGGUCCAAUCACCUCCUGUAGCCACCAAAGAUACAUCCAGUUUGCUUAGCGAGCUUGCAUCUGGAGUCGUGCAAGGAAAGGCGGAGAGGGCAGUGCCGGCAGGAUCCCAGCUCAAACGGAGACGCGCCUGGGACCUGUACCUCGAUGGGUCAGAGGCAGCAGCGGUGCUGGUGGUGAGCAAAAGAUCGACAUUUACGCUUGAAGACGCUCGCACAGCGCUUAGGAUCAUGAGCGACGAGGCGGCUGCCAGAUGCCUCAACGAUGAGACCAAACGCGUGCGGCAGCUUCUCCUAGCAACACGUGCGGCAGUGGCCCCUGCAGCCGAGGCUUUUCUUCAGGGGGCGCACGCGAACCUUGGACAGUCCGAUUUUGGCGAGACGCGCGGUGUCGCCGUCAUGAGGUGGGAACAACUUCAACAGUUGGUUCAAGAUGGCGGCCUCGGGCGGCACCUUACCCGCUCUCGCCGAAGGGGUGGAAGUGGUGAUCCCAAUGCGCCGUCAUUUGCACUACCUGCGUGGUUGGUUAAGGAGCGGGAGCGCGGCGUAGGCGCGAUGUUCGAUCUCGACUCGCCCUUCGAGCCAGCUGGAGAUCAGCCGGAGGCAAUCAAGGCCCUUUCCCAAGGAAUCGAGGAAGGAAAGCGGCAUCAGACGCUCCUCGGCGCGACGGGCACGGGGAAGACAUUUAUCAUCGCUAACGUGAUUCAGGAAGCUCGCCUCCCGACCCUGGUGCUUGCUCCGAACAAGGUCCUGGCUUCGCAGCUCACGAACGAACUUCGCGCAUUGUUCCCCAACAAUGCGGUGGAAUUAUUUGUGAGCUACUACGACUACUACUUGCCAGAAGCGUUCAACUCUGCUUCAGAUACUUACAUCGACAAGGUUGUGCAAAUCAAUGAUGACAUCGAUCGGAUGCGUCAUUCUGCCACACGAUCCCUGCUGGAGAGGAGAGACGUCAUCGUCGUGGCCUCAGUGAGUUGCAUAUAUGGGCUGGGUAUGCCCAGCAAGUACCUGGAGGCGAGUAUCCGGAUUAUCGUGGGUCAGGAGUGGACUGAUGGCUGGAGGGCGCUAGCAAAGCAUCUCGAACAGGGCCUGUUCUACAUCCCGAAGCACAACCGAGAAGAGUUCGAGGCUCUCCCUCGCGGGAGCUUUCGUAGUGUUUUUGCGGAAGGCGGAGGGGGUGUCAUCGAGAUAGGCCCUGCCUCGGAUGAAGCCGUCGUCCGUGUCACACUGGACGCGGCAGGUGUCGUGCGGAGAAUACAGGUGGUGCCCAUCGUUGGGGGGGGCAAGACGAGAGCGGACAAGGAGAGGGAACCACACCAUGACCUGUCGGACCUACUCACUGCUCCAGAUCGUGGCCACGACAAGCCUCUGGUGGGCUCAGAACCAGCGCUGGACGACGUAGACGCGCACGUGAUUUACCCCGCCAAGCACCAUGUGGUCGGGAGGGGAGAAAUGGAAGACGUGAUGUCCAAGAUCUCGGAGGAAAUGGAAGAGCGGUGCUCACAGCUGGGACUCGGUGGGAAGAUCUUGGAAGCAGAGCGAUUACGCCAGCGGACUGAAAACGACCUGUUGCUACUUGGCGCUGUCGGGACAUGCAAGGGUGUGGAGAACUACUCCCGUCAUCUCGCUGGGCGUGGACCAGGAGACCCACCAGAAACGCUGGUCGACUAUUUCCCCGAGAACGAAUGGCUUCUAAUCGUAGAUGAGAGCCACGUUUCCGCGCCCCAGUUGGGCGCCAUGUGGGGAGGAGACCAGGCACGCAAGAAGAAGCUCGUGGAGCACGGGUUUCGACUUCCUUCGGCUUUGGACAACCGACCAUUGAAGGCCGACGAGUUCUGGUCCAAAGUCGACAAGACCAUCUUCGUCUCGGCCACUCCGGGGAAGUUCGAGCUGGAACUCGCCACUCUAGGGGCAGGUAAAAGCGGCGGAUUGGGCUGGGACGAGAUCGGAGAUCUCGUAGAUGCGCAGGCGGUCAUUCGACCAACUGGCAUCACGGAUCCUCCGGUAGACAUCCGGCCCUCGAAGGGACAAGUGUCGGAUAUGGUGCAAGAAUGCAAGACAAGGGGGGGGCGUGGAGAGCGGGUGUUGGUGACUGCGCUGACCAAGCAAAUGGCCGAGGACCUGUCGGCCUUCUUGAUGGAGCAAGGUGUGCCGACGGCCUAUCUGCACUCUGGCGUCAAGCCUAUGCAGCGUUUGGAGCUGCUGCGGCAGCUGAGGAGCGGCGAGAUCGACGUGAUCGUCGGCGUAAACUUGCUGAGGGAGGCACGUGGCCUCAACCUUCCCGAAGUGUCCCUGGUGUGCAUCCUGGAUGCAGACGCCGAGGGCUUCCUUCGCUCGGACACGGCCUUGUUACAAACGAUCGGACGAGCUACGAGGCAUGAGGCAGGCAGGGCCGUCUUGUACGCCGAUCGCAUCACUCCUUCCAUGGAGAGAGCUCUGGCUGAGACCGAUCGGAGAAGAGAGAUACAGACAAGGCAUAACAAGCUCCACGGAAUCACACCAAGCGUAGCCAAGGCAGCGUCUGUAGGCGACAGUAUCUUGGACAGCAUCAAUGGCGAUGCCGUUCACACGCAGCGGGAAGGCCGUUAUAGUAGCAGCGACCACGUCGCAUCCUGGGCGAAUCACUCUCUGCUCCCAGAUCAGGUCCAGCUGCUGUACGAUUUAGCGGCCCAAAACGGCAAGGGUUCAGCACACCAACACAAGAGUCUGCUCACACCAAGCGAAGACACGACACGUGCUCUGAUGCGCCUGGCAGAGCAAGCUUCCACGAAGAUGUCCUCAGCGGCGACUAAGACGGACUUCAAGGAGGCAGCUCUAUGGCGAGACCGUAGAGACGCUUUGCUAUCCACCCUGUCGACUAUUGGAACCUACCAGCUGUAAACUAGCGCGCAAACCAGCCUCCAUGUGAAUAUUUUUGAAUCUGAAACGUUUUCAAUAUUGUGAGGUUACGUCCCGAUGGCGGUAGUUGGUUGUAGGUGUACUGGAAUGAACGGCAUCCUUAGCGACUUGCUUUCACGCGUGUAAUCAAGCGAUCAAUGGUGACCGUGGCUGUGACCGUGACUGACUGUGGAUGGGAGGAUCAGGUGGGAUCAGCUUGUUGUGUCGAAGAUCAGUGUGAAUACUUGGCGUCAGUCCCAACCGCUUUGUUUGUGCGAGACAAUACGUCGUUUUUCUGCUGCUGCUGUGCAUGCUAACCGACAUCAAUC